AUGGCAACUUGUUCUAUUCCUGCAAAGGAAGUAGAAUGUGAGAGAAUAAUGAAGCCAAAUUGGCUUCAACUUCCGGCAGACAUCAUGUCAAACAUACUCCAGAGGCUUGGCACCACAGAAAUUGUGACAAGUGCAUGCCAUGUUUGUCCUCUGUGGUGGAAAAUAUGCAAAGAUCCUCUCAUGUGGCGCACCAUUCACAUAACCAAUCCUAGCAAUUCACCCUACUCUCAUGAGGAUUUGGAAAAGAUUUGUCGUUUUGCUGUUAAACGAAGUUGUGGUCAUCUAGAAGACAUUGAUAUUGAAUAUUUUGGCACCGAUGAUCUCCUUGAAUGCAUUGCUGACAAUGCUAACAUAAGAUGCUUGAGGCUUGCAAGGUGUCAGAAUAUUUCAAAUAAAGCAUUCAGUGAAGUUGUGAGGAAACUGCCACUGAUAGAAAAGCUGGAUAUUUCACACUACAACCUAUUGAAUAAUACUCUUGAAGUUAUUGGCCGUUCUUGCCCACUUUUGAAAUCGUUCAAAUUUGCAAGUAUUUUUAAAUACAUUGAGUGUUCUUAUGACGAUGUUGCUUUUGUUAUUGCUCGAACCAUUCAGGGAUUACAUCAACUUGAUAUUGCAGGAAAUUUACUCACUAAAAUUGGAUUGCUUGCAAUUUUAGAUUCAUGUCCUCUACUUGAAUCUCUUGAACUUGGAUGGUGCCUUAAUCUUGAUUUCACAGGCAAUUUGCGGAAAAGAUGCCUUGAGCAGAUCAAAUCGGUUUGAAUACUUCUCUUUUGAUGAUAAUGAUUUUGUUGAUUUUGGUUUUGAUUUUGAAUUUUGAUGAUAAAGAUAUGUGCAAUGAUGAAAAAUUGGGCCAUUUUUUAUCAUCAAUUUGUUUCCAUGUUCAAGGCCAAGUCUAGUAGGUUUUCAUAAGAAUUGUUGUCAAGGCAUUCGACCGUCCUUGUUUGGUUAAUGAAUUUGAUUUUGG